GGUCUGAGCCCCUCAGAGCGACAAGCAAAGGCAGAGCCGGGCUGUGUGUGGCUUUCUCUUUUGCUAGCACAACUUCCUCUUCAGCUUCCUGACUGAGCAGUGGGGCAGGACGGAGGCGGGCCAGCCUGGGCCUGGCCUAGAAAGGCCCACACAGCUCUCCUCGGCACCCAGCCCCUCGGAGCCACCAUGAGCCAGCCCCAACACCCUGGGCCGGGUGAGGCUGCUCCAGAGACCCUCCUGGGUGACCUCAUCAGCUACUACCAAGAGGAGGCAGGGGCCGGCCGGCUCCGGGUCUGCAGGCAAGCAGCCCUCACCCACAGGGCCCGGCGGUUCUCCGACAUGGGGCCCCCCCUUCAGCUCUAUCUGCCUGAACUUGUGGCCUCCAAUCUGCGGGCCACUCACUCCCAGGGGGCACCCAGCCCUACCCAGCCUGUCUGCCAUGAACUGGUGCAGGCACUAGAGUUCCUGGAGCUAAUAUCUGUCAACCUACUCCUGUUUCCCUGGAGGAAGGAAAUCAGGUCCCUGAAGACAUACACUGGAAACUUUGCCUACCGGGUGCAGCCUGUGCUUUCUGAACAAACACUGCACACCAUUCUGGGCAGGCUGGGCUAUGUGGCCACCUCUGAGGCGGAGUUUUCGCUGGUCCAGGCCAUCAGCAAGGAGGACGCCAAGCAAAUGGUGUUUGAAAUCUUCCUGGCGAGAGUUACAUGUGAGGCCAUUCUGGGGACCUCGAGCAGGCAGGUCCUGGGACUGGGCAGAGAGAAACCCUACCGCAGGCGCAGCUCCAAGAGAAAGCUGGCGAAGGCCCACAACUGCCCUGAGGGGGCCCAGCCAGGCCCCCAAGAAGGGCUGGGAUCUGAGAGGGCCCUGGCUGAGGGCCCUGACCAUCAGAGCACUGUGCCAACGGCCCCGAGCCUGUCCGAGGUCUCAACAUCCCCCCGCACCCUCCGUGCCGGCCCCCAGCUCCCCCUGGACUCCCAGCGCCAUGCCAGCACACGCUCGGACAGUGAGGAGUUCUUGACCUGCUACAGUGACCUUGUUCUGCACCGGACACCCCUGUUCCGCAGGGACUUUCCCCUGCGCGGCCUGAAGGGAGACCAAGCCCAGGGCCCAGCCCCGGCUCCCAGCCCACCUGCAGGUGAAGCGCUCACCUCCUUGGGCAGCAGCGGUGAGUGGUCCCUGGUCCCCAGUGCAGCUCCUGAGAGCAGAGUGGUCACCAUCCCCAGGCAGCCCCGGCUGACACCAGGCCCCCAGUUGUCAGGGAAAUCCUUGGACCCAAAGCCAGAAGCACAGCCGGAGCCGGCCACCCCUGACGCAGACACUGUUCCUCCAAACACUUCCUCUGAGUUGGACGAGCUCUGUGAACACCUCUCCCACCUCCUCGGACCCCCAACUCUAGCAGACCAUCCUGGGGGCCUCCCAGGCCCUGGGGUUGAGGACACUAGACAAUCAGAACCUCUCACGGGGCCAGAGCCAGCCGCUGAGGCCGGUGGCCCAGACAGUAGGAUCACCCAACUCUGGAGGCCUACUCAGAACCCCCUCAUGUAUGAGGGCCCCCGACACUAUGUUCCCCCAGGGGAGCUGGAGGGGCCAGUUCUGACCCAAGAACACCACCCAGGCAAUAGCUAAAAAAUGUCACCCCUGGAUAAUACAGGGACAGAGACCCAGACUGCUCUUCCACCAGGGAAGCGACCCCUUGGAGAGGUGGCAGAUCUGGAACCCACAGCUUGUCAGGGGUAGGGAUCAAUCUGCUAAGCAAUCCAUCUGGUCUCAAGUCCCACCUACUGACUGUGUGACUUUGGGCCACUCGCUCCGGCUCUCUGAGCCUUGUUUCCUCCCCUGUGUGGUCGGACCUGCUCACAGAAGGCUGGGAAGUGUCCGUGAGGUGAGGUGAGGUGGGCACAGUGCCCCUCGGUGCUUCCCUUGGCGGGGGGUGCUUCCGGUCCCUUCCCAUCCCCACUAAGUGUGUGACCCUGGGCAUCUCUGAGGGGCAGUUUCCUCCAGCAUCCUCAAGGGAACUGUCACAGGACAGGUGAAGAAAGCUGUGUAGAUAACUACACCCUUAAUGCGCUUAGACUACUCUGUCAGCCUCCCUGCUCUGUCUGCUAACUUCUGGUUAAUAGAGAGGAAAACCAUUCCCGGGAGCGCAGGAUCACACGCGGGCUCUGCAUCCAUGGGUUGGGGGCUCCACUCAUCUGGGCUGCGUCACCCCCUCCCCCAGCCAUCUCUUGCCCCCACACGUGCACACGCACCUCACAAGUGGGCACAUCCAGAGGUGCUGCUCUUCCCACAGUAUUCCCACCCGCUCGCUCCAAGCAAAUGACCCCAUCUCUUUGUGAGCUAAAGCCAGAGAGGAUCCUGUCUGAACCAAGUCCUGUGACUUUCUUGCUCAAUUCUCCCCAGGGGCUCCCAAGGCCACACCAAGCCCCACAGGCCCCUCACUAUCCUUUUGAUCUCAUUUCCUGCCUCUCUCCCCCCAGCCUACUGCAGACAAGACAAACUGGCCUCUUACAGGUUCUCAAACAAGCUAAGCCCACCCCUACCUCCCAGCCUCUGUGCAAACUGUUCCCUUUCCCCACUCACAUCCCGUCUCUAUCUUUCCUGUCAUUCACAACUCACCUUAAAUGUCACCUCCUGGAGAGGCCUUCCAUGGCCACCCAUCUAUCACAUCAACUUAGUUUUCUGCACAGACAUUUUAAAUGUACUUAUUCAUUUUCCAUCCCCACCCCCGCCCUCCUAGAAUAUAAGCUCUUGGAGAAACUUCAUCUUGUCUCAUUCACCUCUGUUUCCAGGGAUCCAUCAAAUGAGUAGAAAACUUAGAAAAUACAGAUGGACAUAAAAACAAAAGCAGCAGUUACCAUAAUAUCCACCACUGGGAGACACCCAAUGUUAGGAUGUUAACGCAAUUCCUUCUGGUCUUUUUUUUCUAAAUUUGGGAUUGUAGUAUUUACAGUGUUGUGUUCUGCUUUUCUUUACCACGAAGGGAGUUAUUGUAAUUAAUUUUAGAUUUAAAGAAAAGUUGUGAAAUAAGGCAAGGAAUUCCUUUGGAACCCUCACCUUGUGUCCCCUGAAAACGACAUCUUAUAUAACUAGAGUAUGAUGAUCAAGAACAGGCAAUUAACACGAAGACAGUAUGAUUAACUAAACUACAAACCUUUUUUAAAUGUGACCAGUUUUCCCAUGACUACCCUUUCUCCAUUCCAGGAUCCUUUCCAGGACCCCAUAGGGCAUUUGUCCUUUUUCCUUCAUCCCUGCCGAUCUCUGCCCCAGUCUGUUACAGUUCCUUAGCCUUAGUUUUGUCUUUCCUCAUCUUGAUGCUUUUGGUCAAAACUUAAUACUGAUUUUGUUGAAUGUCCCUCAGUUUGACUUUGUCUGUUUUUUUCUUUUAUAGUUGAAGUGAGGUUAUGCAUUUUUGGCAAGAAUACUAUUAAAAAUGAUGCUGUGUCCUCGGUGCAUCUUACCAAAGGGUUCAUCUUAUUACUGGUGAUACUAAUGUGCUGCAUCCCUGGAAUAAACCGCUUGUCCUAGGAGCCCUGGUGCCUCUUACUGGAGAAUGAUGUUUAGACACCAAGACCCGGGUGCCAGGUGUGCUGUUACUGGGUGUCAUUGCUUCCAAGCCCACUCGGGGGGCAGUCAGGAAACAUAUGGAUGUGUACUAACCCAGGCAUAUACAUAUGUGAGUUUAUUUCCAAAUCUAUAUAGAAUUUUAAAACCAUGAGUGUUUAUGGAUUCCUCUGAUUUUAAGCCAAUGGCACAGGGUUGCUUCUACCUCACCCCUUUUACUUAUAAGUUCUUUCUGUAGAAGAGAAUGAAACCUGGCUCUCUUAAUCUACGGUCUACUUGUUUGUUCAGGUCCAAUACUAUAGUUUUAGAAUUGCUGACCACACCUCCGUGAGAAACACUUUUAAAACUCUAUCAUAGCAUUUAUGAAGACUAAUUUUCACCUUCACUCUCACCGUAUCAAGGUACUGUUUUCCACAGUUACUCAGGCGACUUCCUUACUUCCCCACCCCUCUGGUGUGGUCAUUUUUCACUUGUGAUGCUCUUAGGGUCAGCUGUGUCUGUAUUCCGUUUUCCAUUCCCCCUACAUCCUAGUUGAUCCUGUUGGUUUAUUUCGGGGGUAAUGGGACACUUUUCUAUGGUUCUAAGAGUCAGUUAUACAAAAAGACACAUUCACACAAGUGUCAUUCCCUUCUCCUCCCUGCAACCACACCUCAUCCUUCCCUCUCUACAGCCUCUGCCCACCAACCUAUUUAGUUUCUGGAUCAUCCUUCAUUUCCUUUGCAUCUGUGUAUUUUUUUAAAGUUUUUAUUUAUUUUUGAGAGAGAGACAGAGCACCAGCAGAGGACAGGCAGAGAGAGAGGGAGACACAGAAUCCGAAGCAGGCUCCAGGCUCUGAGCUGUCAGCAAAAAGCCCAACGUGGAACUCGAACUCACAAACAGUGAGACGUGACCUGAGCCAGAGUCAGAUGCCUAACCGACUGAGCCACCCAGGCGCCCCUGCAUCUGUGUAUUUUCUUGGGUCUCUUCUUAUACAAAGGGUAGUGUACCAGAGAUACUCAUUUGGACGUUGUUUUUCACUCAAGAUUGCUUUAUGUCCUGGAAAUCAUAACUGUUCAGAAAGAGCUUCUUCAUUCUUUUUUCCACUCCACCGUGUGGCUGUGCCAUAGUUUAUUUGACACUCUGUUACGUACAGGUCUUUAGGCUGUUUCCAGUUAUUUUGCAGUUAAAACCAAUGCUGCAAUAAAUAACCUUGUGCAUAGAUAUUUUUAUAUUGUAGAAAGUACAUAUUCGAUACCACAAGCGGGAUCCCUGGGUCGCAGUGUAAGUGCAUACGUACUUUGUCGGAUGUUGUCAAACUUCUCUCCAAAAGGGUUGUACAAAGUUACACUCCCACCAGCGAUGUACGUGAGUACUUGUUCCCCACAGCCUCACCAGAAGAAUGUGGUUUGUUUCCCCCCACACACCCCUGUCUGGUAGGUGAGUCAGUGUUCUUUCAGUCCGUCUGGGCUUUUAUAACAAAAUACUACACACCAGUGGCUUAUACACAACAGAAAUUUAUUUCUCACAGUUCUGGAGGCUACAAGUCCAACAUCAUGGUGCCAGUAUGGUGGUGUUCUGGCGAAGGUCCUCUGCCGGGCUGCAGACUGCAGACUGCUGACUUCUUGCUGUGUCCCCACACGGUGGAAGAGGCACGGGAGCUCUGUGGGGUUCUUUUACAACAGCACCGAAUCUCUUCAUGAGGUUCCAUUCUCACGCCUAAUCUCUUCCUCUUGAAGGUCCC